AUGUAUGUUAACAAUGUGGUUUUGGCUCAAGAAGUCUACUUUCAUACAGUGGUCUGCAACUCACCUGAUUACAAAAAUACAACAAUCAAUGCGGAUUUAAGUGGUGCGGCUUUUUCAAGACAGUUUGGGAAAAACAAUGCGGUUCUUGACAUGGUUGAUAGGAAGAUCUUGAAACGUGGUGUCGCUCAAGUUAUGACUUCCCUACAAUCUAUUGCAAGCGACUCCUCAAAUGCCCAAGGAUCAAGUACCCUAGGAUCUGUAGAUGAUUUUUCAAAUGAUGACUACUCUAAAGUUAAAGGUCCUAAAAAAAGAGGGUAUAUCAGAUGUGUUGGAAGGAUGUCUACCGUAAAAGAGAAGGUUGUUUCUUGUUCUAAUGAUCCGAGUGUCGAACAACUAAAAACUAUGGUGAACGUUAUGGCGAAUAUCAUCCAAAAACAUAUCCCAAAUGCAAACUUGUCUGCAGUUCUUAGCAAUAUGAACAUACAGAUGCCAGACAACACUUCUACAGUUCCACGCAACUCUAAUUCAGUUAACCAGAGAGCAUCUUCUAAAAGUCAUCAUAACAAUGGGAAUUGCUAGCAUUGAUUCUAGAGUAUGAGAUAACACAAUUUAUUCAACCUAGCAUGUCUUUGUUUUUUUAUUUUAUUUUAUUUUUAUAUGCAUGUGUUAACUUUUGUUCAUUACUUUAUGUUUAGCAUGUACUUAGACAUAUUUGAUAUUUACCUAGAUAUUCGAUUCAAAAAGUUAAAAAAAUAUUGAUGAAAAAUAAUGAAAUUUUGAUUAUUUUC